CGAAGAGUAUGUUUUGUUGCUUUUGAACAGAUGUAAUCUAAUGAAUUUUUUUUUUUUUUUUAAUUUCUGUAGAAAGUUAAGGACUUCUUUUUUUUUUGUGUGUGUUUUGUUUAUUCUUCUGUGGUUUAGAGAGAUGAUUUGAGUUUCACACUUGGCGCGCAGUUAUGCAGACGACACUAUACCAUCAUGCACUCGGUUUUGUUUGUUUAUGUAUAUUCCUGAACACUUCAGGUCACUGUUUUCAGCAGUUUGUUUUAAUUUAUUGAGUGAAUAAAUUGUCCCCAUAAAUUAAUUAUAUGGUGUGCAUAUUCUUAAUCUUUUUAUUAUUAGUUUUUGCUUAAAGUAUCAUCCGAAAGUGCCGUUUAUGUGUCGCUGUCAUUGUGGCCAUUUUCUGCACUUAAUUCCGUUGUAUGCAUUUGACAUUUUAACGUCGUAUGAAACUGAAUUUUUACGAAAAAUGCCGCGCAAGCGGAAAAUGGCCAGCAGCUCCUGCAAGGUCGAGCCGGCGACGGUGCCCUCGGAGAACAAGGCACCUGCGGACCACCUCCGAGAUAUCAAGAACAUCGUCCUGAAGAACAAGAGUGGCUUGUUUUCCUCCAACAUAUUCUGUGACGAAGCGUUGGAGGCUAUGCGAGAAAAGAUUCAGAGCACCAGUCACAAUGAUCUUGCCGUGAAGCAAAUCUUCACGGCCACCCCAACUACAAAGAAAAACGCUGGCAGCGAGAAAGAUAGUGCCAAGGAUGCCGCCAAAGAUGCUGCAAAGGAUGCUGUCGUUCUCGGAGAUUCGUCGGAUGAGGAGUGCAACAUACUGUCCAAACCAGGUGUUAUGGAGACAUCUUUGGAUUGCUCGCCAAGGUCUCCAGGACAGCUGUCGCCCAUCAAGCACUCCCGCAAGACUCAGCAGAUACUCAAGAAGCUGGAAUCGUUGGCGAAACUGGACGACGAGCCCCUCUGGUGCCUCUCGGACGACUCGUCGGACCUGUUCUGCCUCGACGACGACGUCCCCACAGCCCAGGAGAAAGACCUGGUGCUCAUGGUGCAGUCUCCAAGCAGGGUGCUCAAGUUCACCAUUGCACCGUCUGCACAGUUUGGAGACAUCUUUGCACAACUUGCCAAGGAGUUUGACGUUGCCCCAUCACAGAUCAUCCUCACCUGGAAGGAAGGCCCCAUCCAGGCUGAGGACACUCCCUCGUUGCUGGGGAUUACGCCAGCCGACAUUCUGGAGUGCAUCGUGAGGAAGUGUGCUCCAGCAAAACCGGUUGCUCCAGUGCACAAGAAGAAUGCCAUGACCGUCAAGUUUCAGUGUUCCAACAAGAGGAUGACGGAGAGCAUCGAGGUGUCCAAGGACGAACCCCUGCUGGAGGGAGCCCAAGCUUUUGCGGAGAAGGCAUCGCUCGAGUUGUCGAAGCUCGUGCUGAAGUUCGACGGAGACAAGGUGGACCCUCGCAUGACGCCGGAUCAGCUCGGCAUCGAAGACGGAGACUGUGUAGAUGUGUUGGUGCGGUCCUGAGGAGCGUGCUUCUCCUUAGUGGCGUUUAACACAAAGGACAGAAAACAUUGCUAUAGGAACAACACCUUCGCCUACCACCUUACAAUUGGUUUCAGGUUGUCUAAUGAAAUCUUUCUUUUUGGUAGCCCUCAUUUCUAAUUGCCUCAAAAGAGUGUAAAGAUGCAGCUUGGAGCUUGGCGAACUUUAGCACCCCCAAAGGCUUGCCAAGCGUCGGCCUUUACGUGCAUGCAAGCAGUCCUUUUCCGGUGGCUGUUUAAACACUUGUACCUAGAUGUGCUUUUUAACAGAUUACUACUUAAGCAUUAUUAAAGUUUGUGCCAAUUUCA